GCAUCCCACUGACCGGCACUCCUUCCAAGCAAAGCCAGCACGGGCGGAUUGGUGUAGAGGGGAGUACUGCGGCGCUAGUGGCGGAAGACUGAGCACCGCGCCAUCCCCUAAAAUAAAUUGAAAAAAAAACUCAACGAUUUCAGUUAGCGGCUUUAAAAAAAGAAAGAUUAGUGUCACACCAGCACAGAAAGCACUCCUCGCGUUUUACCGGCACGAAUAUUACAUUGUUGUCAGGGUUUUGUUUGUUUGUUUUGUUUUUGAGCUGGUAUAAAAAAAAAGAACCGUUAUAUUUUUUUUGACUUGAGACGGAAUCCGUUUCUCUUUGAAAAUUAUCUAUUUUUUUUUUUUUUUGUCACUUUUGUUUACUUUUACACGACCCCCACCCCACAAAAAAGGAUUAAUUAAUUGAUUUAUUUAUUAAUUUAUUGAUUGAUUUAAAUAUACAGUGUAUUCCUUUCUACCUUCGUCUCGUCUGACAACCGCUGCUUCAAAAUGGGGUACGGGCGGUCGGACAGCUACCGUGUGGCCACCACGCAGGAGGACAAAGAUGGCAAGGGCUCCCCCAAGAAGGGCAAGAGCAAGGACCUGGACGAUCUGAAGAAGGAAGUGCCCCUGACGGAGCACAAGAUGUCUGUGGAGGAAUGCUGCCGCAAGUUCAACACAGACGUGGUGACGGGUCUGACUCUGGCGAAGGCUGCAGAGUUCCUGGUGCGGGACGGCCCCAACGCGCUCACCCCCCCUCCCACCACCCCAGAGUGGGUGAAGUUCUGCAGGCAGCUGUUCGGAGGAUUCUCCAUCCUGCUGUGGACCGGAGCCUUGCUCUGCUUCCUUGCGUACGGAAUCCAGGCCGGUAUGGAGGACGACCCCGCAGGAGACAACCUGUACCUGGGCAUCGUGCUGUCAGCUGUGGUCAUCAUCACCGGCUGCUUCUCCUACUACCAGGAGGCCAAGAGCUCCAAGAUCAUGGAGUCCUUCAAGAACAUGGUGCCCCAGCAAGCCCUGGUGAUCCGCGAGGGAGAGAAGCUGCAGAUCAACGCUGAGGAGGUGGUGGCUGGAGACCUGGUGGAGGUGAAGGGAGGGGACAGGAUCCCUGCCGACCUCAGGAUCGUCUCCGCACACGGCUGCAAGGUGGAUAACUCCUCCCUGACUGGCGAAUCCGAGCCUCAGACCCGAUCACCUGACUGUACCCAUGACAACCCCCUGGAAACAAGGAACAUCGCCUUCUUCUCCACCAACUGUGUGGAAGGCACGGCCCGUGGUAUCGUGGUUUGCACGGGAGACCGCACGGUAAUGGGCCGCAUCGCCACUCUCACCUCUGGGCUGGAUUCGGGCAAGACCCCCAUCGCCAAGGAGAUCGAGCACUUCAUCCACAUCAUCACAGGCGUGGCCGUGUUCCUGGGCAUCUCCUUCUUCAUCCUGUCCAUCGUGCUGGGCUACAGCUGGCUGGAGGCCGUCAUCUUCCUCAUCGGCAUCAUCGUGGCCAAUGUGCCAGAGGGGCUGCUGGCUACUGUCACUGUGUGUUUGACCCUCACUGCCAAGCGCAUGGCUCGGAAGAACUGCCUGGUGAAGAACCUGGAGGCCGUGGAGACUCUGGGGUCCACGUCCACGAUCUGCUCCGACAAGACCGGCACCCUCACCCAGAACAGGAUGACCGUGGCUCACAUGUGGUUCGACAACCAGAUCCACGAGGCAGACACCACUGAGGACCAGUCCGGAGCCUCGUUUGAUAAGAGCUCCCCGACCUGGGUGGCCCUGUCUCGCGUGGCGGCCCUGUGCAACCGCGCCGUGUUCAAGGGGGGGCAGGAGGGGCUGCCCAUCCUGAAGAGGGACGUGGCGGGGGACGCCUCCGAGUCGGCCCUGCUCAAGUGCAUCGAGCUCUCCUGCGGCUCCGUCAAACUCAUGAGGGAGAAGAACAAGAAGGUGGCAGAGAUCCCCUUCAACUCUACCAACAAGUACCAGCUCUCAGUGCACGAGAUGGACGAUGUGAAUGAUAACCGCUACCUGCUGGUGAUGAAGGGAGCUCCGGAGCGCAUCCUGGACCGCUGCUCCACCAUCCUUCUGCAGGGCAAGGAGCAGCCCAUGGACGAGGAGAUGAAGGAGGCUUUCCAGAACGCUUACCUGGAGCUGGGGGGCCUGGGGGAGAGGGUGCUGGGUUUUUGUCACCUGGUGAUGGCUGAGGACCAGUACCCCAAGGGCUUUGCCUUCGACUGCGACGACGUCAACUUCCAGACGGAUAACAUGUGCUUCGUGGGGCUCAUGUCCAUGAUCGACCCCCCCAGGGCAGCCGUGCCCGACGCCGUGGGCAAGUGUCGCUCCGCGGGCAUCAAAGUCAUCAUGGUGACCGGAGACCACCCCAUCACAGCCAAGGCCAUCGCCAAGGGGGUGGGCAUCAUCUCCGAGGGCAACGAGACUGUGGAGGACAUUGCCGCCAGGCUCAAUAUACCUGUGAGCCAGGUCAACCCCAGAGAUGCCAAGGCCUGUGUGAUGCAUGGCACAGACCUGAAGGAACUGUCUCAAGAGCAGAUUGACGACGUGCUGAGAAAUCACACAGAGAUCGUGUUCGCCAGGACCUCCCCCCAGCAGAAACUCAUCAUCGUAGAGGGCUGCCAGCGACAGGGUGCAAUCGUUGCCGUGACGGGUGACGGAGUGAACGACUCUCCCGCCCUGAAGAAAGCCGACAUCGGCGUUGCCAUGGGCAUCGCGGGUUCCGAUGUGUCCAAGCAGGCCGCCGACAUGAUCCUAUUGGACGACAACUUCGCCUCCAUCGUCACAGGAGUGGAGGAAGGUCGUCUGAUCUUUGACAAUCUGAAGAAGUCCAUUGCGUACACCCUGACCAGCAACAUCCCUGAGAUCACCCCCUUCUUGCUCUUCAUCAUGGCCAACAUCCCGCUGCCCCUGGGCACCAUCACCAUCCUGUGCAUCGACCUGGGCACCGACAUGGUCCCUGCGAUCUCAUUGGCUUACGAAGCAGCAGAGAGUGACAUCAUGAAGAGACAGCCCAGGAACCCCCGAACUGACAAGCUGGUGAACGAGAGGCUAAUCAGCAUUUCAUACGGACAGAUAGGAAUGAUCCAAGCUCUGGGCGGAUUCUUCAGCUAUUUUGUGAUCCUGGCUGAGAACGGCUUCCUGCCGUCCAUACUGCUGGGCAUCCGACUGAACUGGGAUGACCGGGCCAACAACGACCUGGAGGACAGCUACGGGCAGCAGUGGACCUACGAGCAGAGGAAGAUCGUGGAGUUCACCUGUCACACUGCAUUCUUCGUCAGCAUCGUGGUGGUGCAGUGGGCCGACGUCAUCAUCUGCAAAACCAGGAGGAACUCCGUCUUCCAGCAGGGCAUGAGGAAUAAGAUUCUGAUUUUUGGCUUGUUUGAGGAGACUGCCCUGGCUGCCUUCCUCUCAUACUGUCCCGGGAUGGACGUCGCCCUCCGAAUGUACCCCCUCAAGCCCAGUUGGUGGUUCUGUGCUUUCCCCUACAGCUUCCUGAUCUUCGUUUACGAUGAGGUCCGUAAACUGAUCCUGCGCAGAAACCCUGGAGGCUGGGUUGAAAGGGAAACCUACUAUUAAAGCAUUCCCUGCCCCCUCUUUCAGUCCUCCCCCCCAUCACAUCGGAACACUGAACACAAGCAAAACGACAGCGAUGAGGAAACCGCCCCCCUCUCUCUCAGCACAACUUUGUCUCUGUUUGUUUGGAACAUGUAAUUGGUUUUUUAUUUGUAAAUCAUGUUUCAGAAUUGUAACACAAGUUGUCAGUGUUGUUUAAUUACUUGUAGUGCUAUUUAUUAUUAUUUGAAUGUUUUUAGUUUUGUCCUUAUUGUAUGUUUUGUUUUUAAAAAGUAAUAACAGGCUCUCUUUUGAACCUGUUUCACUGUUGACUGCGCUCUUGCACUACGGCUUGUUUCAGUAUUGACCAUCCCUGUCUCGUCUUUCUGCUUCAGUAAGGACCAUGUUGGUUGUAUGGACCAGGCGUUAUUCAGUAUGUGGACUGGGCUGGGUUCAUGCUGGGGUCACACUAGCUUCAACAGCGGACCAGCUUUCCCAUACUAGAGCAGGCUAUCCGUACCAGGAGCAAUUCCAUCGUGCUAGCACAGGACCGAGACAGGGCCCAGCGCAUGGGAGUGGACCAGACUCGUUCUUAUACUGGUCUUUGUUACAUUAACUUACAUUAUACUGGUUCUUGGUCCUGUGGUAACGGUUUUGAAUUACUUUUAAUAAAACAGGGAAAAAUAUAUAUUCCAGACAAAAGUCCACUAGAACGGUGAGAAGGACUCCAGAGAAUGCAGGAGAGAGAGAGAGAGAGAGAGACUACGGUUUCAAGUACCAACGACUUCC